CUAACUAGCAAUGUCGGACUGCGAAGUAUACUACUCAAAAAAUAAAGAUUUGAGGAAGGAGGACGUCCAGCUCCUUAUGGAUUGGUUGAAACAUCAGCCACAUUUUCCACCGCUCACAGAAUAUCAGGUGAUAAUAUUUCUUCAUAGUUGUUACUAUAGCAACGAAGCAGCAAAGACAACUAUAGAUAAUUAUUUGACUGUGAGAAAACUCUGCCCGGAAUUCUUUGCAAAUCGUAAUCCAAGUAAUCCAGAGAUACAAAGCGUUUUAAAUAUACUCACGGUUUCAGCGCUACCGAAGUUAACCAAAGAUGGAUACUGCGUAAUGUAUUACCGUCUGAUUGAUCCGAAUCCUGAUAACUUCAACUUCAACCAUAUGGUCAAAACGUUCGAUAUGGCCAUAUCAUUGGCUCUGAAAAAGUUUGGAACUGUAAACGGACACAUCAUUAUUUUAGAUUUACAAGGGAUUACUCUUACUCACAUCAUGAAGUUAGGUGUAAUGUCUAUAAAAAAAUAUUUCUUCUUUCUACAGGAAGCGUUGCCUUUUAGGUUGAAGGGUAUGCACUUAAUUAAUGGCGUUACAUUCGUGGACAAAUUGCUGGCUUUAAUAAAACCAUUCCUAAAAAAGGAUUUAUUGGAUUCGUUACAAGUUCACGAUAGCAAUAACGAGACCCUCUUUGAAAUCGUCGAUAAAAGUUGUUUGCCAAAUGAAAUUGGAGGAAGCGUUGGAUCAAUAUUCGAAAUACACACUGCGAUUAAAAGGUUUUUUUUGGAAAACGCAGAUUAUUUUAAGGAAGAAGAAAAAAUGGUGGUAGACGAAAGCAAGAGGUCAGGAAAUCCGAGGGAUGCAAAAGAUAUUUUUGGUAUCGAAGGAACUUUCAAGAAAUUAGACAUUGAUUAAAGAUCAUUAGAUCUUGUAACUAAAAUUAUGUUUAAUAAAGAACCAUUUCCUCGA